AUGAAUCUUAAAACAAGCCAAAUAAGAAAGCCACCAAAGACGAACAAAGAGAGGUCGAAACAACAUAGAAUUAGAAAGAAGAAAUUUGUUGAAGAUACCAUUACUGAAUGUGCUGAAUUGAAGAGACAAGUUAAGCAGUUGCAACAAGAAAACUCUAAACUAAAAGUGCAGAUCAGUGAAAUGCAAAAUAAUAGUCUUGAUCCGAGAGGACCUCAGACAAGACAAAAGUCUCAAUUUGAACAUAGAUUGCAUGAAUAUGAAGACUAUGCUUACAACAACAUAUCUAAGAAAAUUCUUACAAACCCAAAAGAAGUUAGAUAUACUGAGCUCGAGCAAGUAAUGGAGCAUGUUUGGGAGUGGAGUGAAGAUAGAGCUGACUACAUUAAAAUCUGAUUCAAGAAAAUACUAGAUAGUAUGUUGAGUCUAGGUUCUAAAUGAUACUACGCUUGCAGUACUAUCCUUCCAGUCCAGACUAGAGAUGGAGAAUCAAACUUUAGGAAAAGAAGAGAGAAAUAUUUUGAAAAAUCAUCUGAAAGGAGUGAAAUCGAGAACAUAUUUUUAGGGAUUGAUUUCUCAGAGCACGCUAAAACCUCAUUCGAUAAGCACAAUAAAAGUUGGAAACAGUUUCAUAGAAGAUUCAAAAAAAUAGCUCAAAAUUUGAUUCAGCAGAGAAACAAACUGCUUAACCUGCAUCAAGAUAUUAAAGAUUUUGCAAAAAAAGGUGAUUUUAUUGAAUGCUAUAACAAGAGUGAAGUAGUUAAUGACUUUCUCGCUCUUGAGAAAGUAAGACACACAAGCCUUGUGCAGGACAAUGAAUUUUACAGUAUCCCAAAGAAAACUCACACGGAUGUUCGAUAUGAAUCAGGAGAGUUGACUGAAUAA